AGCUUACAUAUGGGCACAUAGCUGAGUAUCGGACUUUGUGCGAUUGCUCGCAGAGGGAGAACCAUGAAUAUAACGCGAGAAGGUAACUGCGGACGAGGAGAAGCAGGAAAAAAAGGGGGUGUUGGAGAGAGGACUGCAACGGAAUAGAGGGAAUGUCAGAGCGAGAUCAGAACAGGGGACCGCAUUGAUGCUGUCCAUAUCAAGACUAGGCUCCCACGGUUGUUGCAAUAUCUUGCGAGUUGAAGAGCUCUCGGUCGAGGAGAGUCGCCCUCACCGCUUUUGCCUCUUCUCCUUCCCCGUCCUCCUCCUGUCUUUCCAGCUGCGGAGCAGUCUGGUCCUUGCAACGUCUAGGUCUUAUUAGAGCUCUCUAAUCUCCUCUCUCGGUCCCGCAAUCCCCAUACGUAUCUUACGCCCAUCUACAUGUCUCAGCAUAUGGACCGUACCAAUGGCAGCCAUUCGUUGCAACUGAAUCUCAAUCUCCAGGAUGUCGAUUUACAUGAAAAGGAGGAGUUGGGCUUGCCCCCACCGGAAACCACGCAGAACGCGGUUCCGACCAUCUGUGGUUUGCCCUUGAAAUAUGUCUCCUUAGGCUUGUGACUCUGGCAGUCCAAAACGCCAUGUUAACGCUCAUAAUGCACUAUUCUCGCGUGUCAUCCGCACCAUCCCAGACAUAUUCUGCUGCAGCCGCCGUCCUACUCACCGAGUUGCUCAAAGGCUCGAUUUCCUUACUCGUCGCUUUCUCCCGUAUAGAUUCAUACUCCCCUCAGUAUACCCCUAAUGCACCUGGUCCCCUUUCAUGCUCUUCUCUUUGGAACCCGAGGACGUUUCUCUCUCGCUUUAGACGACUCGGCAAGGAGGUGUUCAGACCGGAUUGUUGGAAGUUGUCUAUACCCGCUAUCCUAUAUGUUAUUCAAAAUAAUCUCCAGUUUGUCGCCGUAUCAAAUCUCGAAGCUGCUACGUUCCAAGUCAGCUAUCAAAUGAAGAUUCUCACCACGGCCGUCUUCUCCGUCUUCCUUCUCCGUAAGAAGCUAAGUCCGACCAAAUGGUUGGCACUCUUCUUCCUUGCCAUUGGCGUAGGCAUCGUUCAGAUUCAGACCGGGGGUACCAAGCCACCGUCGCCGUCUGAGCAUGAGAUGAACGCUUUCAAGGGUUUCAUGGCGGUGGUCGCAGCAUGCUUCACGUCUGGCCUUGCCGGUGUUUACUUUGAGAUGGUCCUCAAGAACUCUCCAGCAGAUUUGUGGGUGCGCAACGUCCAGCUUUCCCUCUUCUCCCUGCUUCCCGCGCUUGUUCCUAUCAUCUUUACGAAGUCGCCUUCAUCGUCGAGUGCUGGAUGGUUUAACACAAGUCUGUUCGACAACUUUGGUGUGUGGGCAUGGGCGACAGUCCUCAUCCAGGUUCUGGGUGGUCUCCUUACGGCACUCGUCAUCAAGUAUGCGGACAACAUCCUCAAGGGCUUUGCGACGAGUCUCAGUAUCGUCAUCUCCUUCCUCGCGUCCGUUGCGCUUUUCAAUUUCCCGAUGACACUCACAUUCAUCCUUGGAUCUACUGUCGUCCUCGUUGCUACAUGGAUGUACAACCAACCUGACACAUCUUCAGUGGAAGUCGGUAGUAGUCAUUGCAAGAAGUCAUGGAGUUGGCGAUGGAGACCUACAUUCAACCUGUCGCGUUCGACAUCCGCAAUCGAGCUUCCAGGCGGUACCCUCUCAAGACGAGCAUCAACGUCCUCCCUUUCGUCCCUCGCAUCCUUCCAUUCAUCAAUUGCAACAAUCAGCAAGUCAUAUCCGUCAUCACCCAUCGAGCGAGAUGCACCCAUUCUCGGGCAAUUCCUCGACAACAAGAAUCUUGGCAAGAAAUCAUCACGUCUUGCUUUGUUCGUUCCAUUGAAAGCGACCAAGGCAUUUGCGUCACGGAUGGGGCUGUUCCGUUCUGUGUCCUUUACUGCGGUACCUACGUCCGAACACCAUGCCGGCGCGUAUUCGUCAUAUGCUGCGCAGUCGAUACCGUCGUUGGCAUCAUACCCGCCUUCGCGGCCUUCGUUAUCGUCGUCGUCAUAUCCUGUCACGCGACCUUCUAGUGCGCUUUCGGGUUCAAUAUCCAUGCCUGACGCUAAGAGCACUGGUUCAUGACGACAAUAAUGGGGGUCCGGACGCUGUUAGUGUGUCUCAAUCUAAGGAUCCUGUUGUUUCAAUUUUCCAUCCAAGAUCGAACAAUUUUUUUUCUUUCGUCAUUGGACUGUAUAUCAUUAUUCUUCCUUCCUUUAGCCAACACAAUCCCCCCGAGUCCCUUUUCGACGUGUUCAUUAGCUCGGAUUACUUUCACUUUCGAACUAUUCUUUUUAAAGUACAACACACAUCUAGACUCUCUGAGCAAGGAAUUAUCUCUUACUUGGCCUGCAUUUUGUUCUGCUUUGGUUGCAAGUUAGGACACCCACACUUCAAGCUUCAGUAACUACUUGUUCAGUAUCUAUUCCAAACGCACGCAAGAACACAACUCGAUGAUGCUUUCUG